ACGGCACGUUUCAUUAGUGCCACUUACGUCCUGAGGCGGGUGGCACGGGUGGCACGGGUGAAAACAGUGGCUGGCAGCGACAUAUUACAAGCUGAAGGAUAAGUGGCAGAGAAAGAGAGAGAAAGUGAAAGAAAAGAAAAGAUAUAGAAGACAAAAAAGGGGAAAGAGGUUUAGAAAAUGUUAUAACGUGACAAAAAAGGAAAGGGAAAACAUAGACACACACACAUAUGAACGAAAAUACAAGACAGCAUUGAUUUAUAUAAAACUGCAGUUGAACAAAUAACAAACAAACGGCCAUGGGAGUUCUUAACUUUAAAGACACUGCAUUGGUAAUGGUACUGAUACAUGGUACCAUUCACUGUGUUUAUGGAAUUUCACCUCAAGACUGCCUUGUCUAUGACUCCGUGAGCGACGCCCCCGGGCCGAAGAUCCUGCACAGGCAGAUCACCAUGGGCGUGAGUGGCACAGGGAGUCUCUGGAAUGCCAAGCUUUCGCUGACGUCACUGCUGACAGAGGGCAGCUGCGACCUCCUCUUCGUGGCUAACACUGUGGCGGCGUCAUGCACUGAAGGGAACGGAACCAGCACGUCAUCGACCGUGGCCAAGUGGCCCCCUGGUCUCUUCGUGCCCGGGAGCUUUACCGAGCUGUGGUUGCGCCUGGGAGAUCCCUUGUCGUCGCCGUCAUCUUCUUCUUCUUCGACUUCAUCUUCCUCCUCUCUCUCGCCUUCGUUAUCGCCUUCCGUCUCUCCCGAAGGAAGCCACAGCGAAGAACUCUACCUUCUAGGCAGACGAGGGAAUGACAGAGGCUUCCUGUUAGUGCCUUUCACUAGACUGACGCCUCCCCUGAGCCUUAAGUGGGGGAGCCAGCCCAUUAAGUACUAUUACAACUGUGUUACGGGAUGCCUGAAGGAAACCCAAGUGACCACGCCCCAGGGACACCACACCGUGUUUCUCCUGAAGGACCAGAACUUCCAGAACCUUUCCUUCUCCUACUUACCCAAGACGCUCAAGCCUCAGCUCUCCUCCCUCUCAAUAACCCCGCAGGACCUGAAGGGAGUGCCUGAGGGAUCCUGGGGGAACAUCACGGUCGUUUGGAAUACUCAGGAGGACACGAUAGGGGCCCUCGUGAACGGCAAGCCAGUAGGUUCUCUCGAGUCCUACAACACGCUGAGCAAAAUGGGCGUCAUCGAAGGGGAGGUCGAGGGCGGAGGGUACUUGACCUUGUGUGAUCCUCGAUUUCAGCUGCUUCAGGAUGCCUUGGCGAGUGAGGGGGGCGUGGUCGAGGUUCCGGAUGAUGUGACCAGUGACGUCAGUCCUUCUACCGCCUCCUCUCUGACGUCUGACUCCGACUCCUUCGGCGUCUCCUCCGUCGCUCAGACCAACCAAGCCCUCAUGGUCGUGUGCAUCCUCCUCUCGGUCGUCCUUCUGAUCCUCAUCGCCGUCUCCUACUCCCGCACCUCCGCCAAGCUCCGCAAGCUGGGGGUCAACUCCAACGGCGAGGUCAAGGGUCCCAGCAUGGUCAGGAGGUCCUCCUCGACCUACUCGAAGGUCAGGUGCAGCGUCAAGUCCCUGAAGAAGGCCAGCGACGACGCGAAGGACAGCAGCGUCGACCAGGACGAGUGCAGGAGCCUCUCGGACGCGACCGUGGCGAUGUCUGACGUCACGAGCACGCCCCUGGCCACGCCCAACGCCUCGUCCUCCUUCGCGGCGCCCCCGGGGAGCAAGGUGGUGUCGACCAGCGAGUUCAUCGACAUAGACAUCGGGACGUGACGGAGAGGCUGCGGAAGAAACGACGGCGGGAUGUCCACUGCCGGAUGGUAAACGCAAAGCCAGGUCAAGGAAAGAUACUUUAGAAAUGUAUUUGUCUGUAAAGCCACCAGCUAGAACGGCGUCGCCUCGCUAGACCGAGAAUACAAGCCCUUCUUACCCUGGGGAUUGGCCUCCUGAAACAA